ACAAAUACAUACAACAUCAAUAAAAAGCGGAUGAAAUCCAAACAAGAAUCUACCCAGCUUCAAAUUGAGAAUCACGAGGAUACAAUAAAACGGUUGAGAAACAGCCAACCCACUGUAAGUGAUAAUGCUGAAGAUGGCUCGCGCUGUGUCACGAACGAAGAUGAAGUCAUCGAUAACGAGACUUACUUACAGGAUAUGGCAGUUGACAGAAACUGGGAAAUUUCUCGAGACAGGCUGACAAUAUCAAAUGAGAAACUUGGUGGAGGAGAGUUUGGAAUUGUAAAUAAAGGAGUAUAUCUAAGGACUGAUGGGAAUGAACUCCCAGUUGCGGUAAAAAGCCUUAAAGAUAACAUUGACCAACUGCAGCGAAUGGCGCUAAUAAGAGAGCUAGAGACACUCAUUCAGGUCGGCCGCCAUCCAAACAUCGUGAGCUUGGUGGGAGCAUGUACCUUUGAAGAACCCUUGUACGUCAUCAUUGAGUUCGUUCCUGGUGGAAGUCUUGAUAACUUGCUCCGGAGUAGUCGCGUUAAGAAAAAGAAUGACGAUCCACCUUACACCAACGUAUGGUCAAAAAUGACGGAGAGGGAGCUGUUAAGGAUUGCUUCGGACAUUGCCAGUGGCAUGAGACAUUUGGAGAGUAAACAGGUAUUAUACUUAAUAACAUAUAGAAAAAGCCAAGCCUAUAAGCGGAGCUCUCACAAAUACUAUGGCAAAAAUAAAAUCACACAUAAUGGAUGAUGGAGUCAUGAUGCGCCUUGCAAUGCUGACAUCCGAUUCUCAUACCAACUGUUUAGCCCACACUUUAAACAUUAUCAACGAGUGUAAAUAAACUAGGACAUUCUUAUCGU